AUGCGAGACCCAAAUGCGGCUUUGACAGCCCAUGGGGACCCGCUCCACGCCGGCGACAAAGGCCCGCCAGAGUCACCCAUGUGCGACUCGACCGACGACGACGCGCGCCCGCCCUCUGCACACGACGACCGCACGUCUCCCAGCAAUCCACCAUCGCCAGAUCACCGUGGCCCCGAAACACCAGGCCGUCGCCCCAGAGACCGCUCCCAAGCCCUCGACGUCGACGAGAACGACUGCACCCCCCGCUCCGAAGUACCCUCCGUACCAGACGCCCUCAACGCAGCCCUCCACUCCCACACCCACUCGCUCGACCCUGAACCGUCCUACUUCUCCCCACAGCCCCUCCGCAUCUACUCAUCGCCCAUCCCCCACUCCACACCCGCCUCGUCCAACCCCUCGCCCAGCACAAGCACUCAUGCCUCCCACGCCUCCCUGGCCAGUGUCGACGAGACGGCCCCCUCGCCCGCACCCCAACACCCAGACCGCCCUGCCUUUUUGCGAGACAUCUCGUCGGUAUCCACCGCCAGCAAUACCACAGUCCGCGCAAACUCGGUAGACCCCAUCUAUCCCUUCGCACCCCCCUCGCGCCACCGGGAUGGGCCAGUCUAUCCCAACCAGUCCUACGCCGCCCUCCACCUCCAAAAGUAUCCGCAGCCCUACGUCCCUCCUAUCGUGCGCUCCCGCAGCUCACACCCCGCACAUGCUACUGCCAACUCGCUGUCCAGCCUCGGCGCUUUUGGCCUCACUUACGACCACGUCCGAGACAUUAUGGACUCUGGACCCCGUACUGUUGGCAACUCUCCCGUGAGCACGCCAGGCCUCUUCAACCCCACCAACCGCCGCAUGUCGCAGGACACUGAUGCAACAGACGACGGAACCUACUCAACCCCUUGGCUGCACCACACGCACAGACAAGCCCCCAAGGAGACUCACGUCGCCGACGUACAGGCUGACCCAGUCUCUGGCCGCAAAAUUGUAAACCAAUACGAAAUCAUAGAUGAACUCGGCCGCGGCGUGCACGGCAAGGUCAAGCUGGGCAAGGACCUAGUGCACGGACGAUACGUCGCAAUUAAGAUCGUCGAUCGCUAUUCUAAGCGCAGACGCUUGGGCAAGAACAACAGCCACGAGGACAAGAUCAAGCGCGAGAUAGCCAUUCUGAAAAAGGCCCGGCAUCCCAACAUUGUUAGCUUGCUCGAAGUCAUCGACGACCCGGCUAAGAAGAAGGUCUACAUCGUACUCGAGCACGUGGAGCUGGGCGAGGUCAAGUGGCGGACGGAAGGCGCCAAGGAAAUCUGUCUCGUGGAAUGGCGUCGCUUCAAGCGAGAGUCUCAGGGCGUCUUUGACAACGACAGUGCCGCUCGGGAAGAUGAGAACAUCAUCCGCGUGGCCCACCAAAAGCUUGCCCGCCAGCAACGCCGUGCAGCCAAGGAGGCCCAUCUCCGCCGCAAGGAAGGAACAUCGGACAUGGCCUGGAGUCUCGAAAUGGGAAUGGAGUCUGAAGACGAAUACUCGGAGAACGGCCGCGGCUCUCAAUCAUCCAGCCGCACCGAGGAGCGCCCGUGUAGUCGAAACCAGCACGACGACCACAUGGAAACUGCAUUCCGAUCACCUGAGCCAAUGCGCAACUCGUGGGCCGAGGGGCUCGAGGGAACCAUGUACGGCCCCUACGACUCAGACUUCACCCGGGGACGCGUCCCGAGCCUCGCUGGUAGCUCCUCGUCUCGCCUGACCGACCCUGACGAGGAGAUACCAGACCACUUCAACUAUGUUCCCCUCAUGACCACUCAAGCCGCCUGGGAAGCCUUCAAAGACACUGUCCUGGGCAUAGAGUAUCUCCACUAUCAAAACGUCAUCCAUCGCGACAUCAAGCCAGCAAACCUUCUCGUCACUCGGGAGCAUCGCAUCAAGAUAUCCGACUUUGGUGUCUCGUACUUGGGACGACAAAAGACUGACGAAGUCAAUGGCGAUCAAUCAGAAACUGAGCAACAAGAGGCUGAUGAAGCAAUCGAACUCGCAAAGACGGUUGGGACUCCCGCCUUCUAUGCUCCCGAGCUGUGCCGUACAGAGACUGAUGCAGAAACCCCUUCGAUUGAUGGCGGAAUCGACAUUUGGGCUCUUGGUGUUACGCUGUACUGCCUCAUUUAUGGUCGUGUGCCUUUUCACGAUACCAACACCUUUACCUUGAUGAAGGUCAUCAGUGAAGACGAGCCAUACAUACCGCGAUUCCGUUUGAAGCCUGUGGCGGAGCACUCCAACUCGCGGCCAAGCUCGCACGGACGCAACACUCAGCCCACAAUGAGUAGCAAGAGAGCUCCGCACGACCUUGAGUACGAGGAGGUGGACGAAAACCUACGUGACCUUUUGCGACGUCUACUGAUCAAGGAACCACGAUAUCGCAUCACUAUACCAGAGAUCAAACGCCAUCCAUGGGUGCUAUCAGGCAUUCCCAACCACAUCUCCUGGGCCGAGGAAACCGACCCGAGCAGAUCGUUCGAAGGCAGGAAAAUUCAAAUUUCCAAAGAGGAUGUCGAAGAGGCCGUUGUCCCUAUUGGUUUCGUGGACCGUCUCCGUUUUGCUGCCAAGAAGACAUCCGACUUUGUCAAAGGCUUCACGACUCGCAGUUCCGGUUCAAGACGUCGUGCCCAAAGCUCAGCAGCAAAUCAGGAUACUCCAAGCAUAAGCGCAAACUCCUCUAGCAGCACCAUCAGCCAAGAUGCUCGACCAUACGAAGGCAGGCGUGGGAGCCUGGCACCCGGUGCCAUUUUGGAGAUUCUGACUCGCUCCCGGGAGUCUGAACAUCCUCUUUCCCACAGCGUUACUGCUAGUCCAGAGGCAAAGGAGCGGUCCAAGUAUUUUGACAGCCCCAGCUCCCGGACUGCAUCGCCUGCGCAAAUCACUGAGAGUCAGCGACCCCAACUGCAGGACCGUGCACUUUCGUCCAUCAACACCAUACGCCAAUCGGACCUCCAAGGUCGUUCAGGAUCGCCGAGCAUUCCGCCGGCUUUACCUGGAACCCCCAUGGCCCUCGAUACCCCUGGGGGCUCACAAUUAGGAGGCCUGUUUGGUGGCCUUCCACGCCGCGUGGUCAACAGCAUGAGGAGCAGAGAUCGGCUAAAGCCCCCAAAAGAACAUAGCCGCACGAGGUCAAUCGACAGACUGGUUGGAUGUGACGAUGAUGCACAUGCUGUCCCAAGCCUUGCAAUUAGCACAACUUGUGCUUCAGGCCAAGUCAACCAGCCCGAGGCUCUGAAAGAGACAUCGUCACCUAUCGCCAGGACCUCGUCUCCUGCCAACUCUGAGACACCGUCUUUUGGUCAUAUUGAUGCCUCGUCGCGGCAAUCGUCAUUGUCAUCAUUGUCAUCUCGUCUGCGCAGAAACUGGGUGACUGCGAAUGAUAUUGAAGUUGGACCUUCGCUAGGUUCGCUGGGUACAUCGCCGGAUUCUCGUGCAGUGCCCCAUCUGCCCCAACCUAGCGACCGGAGACCUUCCAGCACCAUCUCUGUCGCACAAGAACAGUCCGAGGAGGUUUUUGAUCGCGCAAAAGACGAGUAUCGUCGACGACUUGGGGUAGAGCAGUCCAUGGCUCGUGAACGAUCAAAUUCGGCAGCACAACGGCCUCAUUCUUCCCUUGGCCAGGUUGCUUGCCCUCCCAGCCCAGACGAUGAGAUUCUCUUCAACCGGCAAAGCAACCAAGAGUACUGGCACCGAAACGACCAGUCGUCCGAGAAUAGUCCUCUCGGCGGAUCAAGCCGUGGCCUUGCUCUUUCAUCUUCCGAGGAUCAAUUUUCUGCAAUGUCACAAUCUGAAUCGAAUCCAUCCAUUCCCUCGGUUGCCUCUGUCGGUUCACCAAGUCAGGGUGGAUGCGGCUCGUUCGAUGAUGACUCUUGGAUGACUUCAUCGACAGUUCGCUCUUUCCCGAGUAACGAAUUCGAGCCUCCAGCUGAUGACGCUUCCGGUUAUGAUGGGGAUCAUGCAGUUGAAAGCGACGAGGAUGAUGAUAGUGAGGAAGACGGUUUAAUGAUGGGCUUCUCGAGGAAGAAGGUACCCAUGCACAAGGCCAACCGCAGCAACUCGGUUUCGAAUGGUGAACUAGCGCGCUCUACUCUACACCUCGGAAUGAACUCUCGUCGCCGCUCCACCCGCAGCGGGAGCAACGGGACUGUCAAGAAGAUUCCCCCACCAGAGCCCACGCCAGCUCACGACCGCGCAUCUGAAUCGCAAUAA